CAAGGAGUUACAUACCACCCUCUACUCCAGGCUUCCUCGUUUUCACCAUCCGCAAAAUUGUAAACCAAACCCUGCCUAUAUGUCAACGAGAUCCCUGCAGUGCCCCUGAGCCUCAACCGUUUUGGAUCUACCUCGCCUGUGAAUAAGCUUUUACGAAGCCGAGUCGAUCUAGGAUUGACCGGAAAGACAUGCCGCAGGAUGAACAAGAAACAUCGGCCGUGUGUUCUGCGAUCAGAAUGUGCACAUCAGUUCCACUUGGGCACCCCCUGAACUCCUCACUUGGAGUUCCCAGAUGCAGUAUAUAGAGUCUGUUGAUUCCCCCUCAUGAAUGUCGAUAUUCUUUCACACAACAGCUCUCUAUCCAGUGUGUUCCAGCAAUCGUUUCUCUCUUCACUUCUUUCUUUCUUCGCAGCAGGCUGCAUCCCAUCUUAUCUAGUUCACUCAGUGUUUGUUUACCAAAGUCCUUCUCUUUACGAUACUCUUUUUUUCGACGACUAUCCUUCAUCAUGCGUUUCUCUACUACCUUCCCGCUGGCGGCUUUCGUUGCUCUUGCCAAAGCACAUGGUGUGAUUUUGGCCGCUCAGGGCGAGUCUGGUUCGCCACCAUCUGUCGGAUUCGGAGUCAACCCUGAAAUCGCCCGCAACUGCACCACCAUCAACCCCUGCCAGCUUGACUCGGUCAUCAUGCGCGAUGCCGAGAUCAAGGCGAACUUGGUCAACAACUGCGGUCGUACGCAGCUUACAGGCAACAUCGACAUCGCCGAGAACACCGAGGCAGCGCUGGCUGAGGGCGCCGUAACCAAGGUCAAGGCGGGCAGCAAGAUCACCGUGACAAUCCACCAGGUCAACGCCGACGGCGCCGGUCCCUAUGUCUGCGACCUGGACGAGACCUCCAACUCGGGCAAGAUCAGCCAGAACCUGACUGUCACCAACAACGUGCCCGGAGCCAACGGCAUCUCGCAGAACAAGAUCCAGGAGUUCAACUUUACCGUGACCAUGCCGGAUAACUUCCACUGCACUGGCGCCUCCACCGGCAACAUCUGCACUGUCCGUUGCCGUAACAACGCCGUCGCCGGUCCCUUCGGUGGCUGCUUCGCUGUCCAGCAAACCGACGUCAAGCCGACCCUCAACACGCCCGACAACAUCCAGACCUUCAAGAACAUCAAUGACAUUGAGGACGAGCGCCUGAUCAGCGUGGCCACCCUCCCCAUUGCCGCCGAAGCCAACCGCAAGGCCGGAUCCAGCGAGGCGCAGCAGAACGCCGCCGCCGUCAGCGCCAUUCUUGCCGCCGGCUUUGUGAGCAAGUCCGCCCCCGUUCUGACCCCUACCGUGGUGCUGGGUGGUGGUGCUGCUGCCGCUCCUACGGCUACGGGUGCUGCUGGCAAUGGUAACGGUAACAAUGCCGGUGCCGGUAAUGGCAAGAACCGUGGUGGCAAUGGUGGCAACAAGAACAACGGCGGAAACAACGCUGGCAACAAUGCUGCUGGUCAAAAGGGAAAGAACAGGGGCACUCAGGGCCAGAACCAGAACCAGGCCCAGAACAACCAGAACAACCAGAAGCAGGGCCAGUUCAACCAGGGCCAGAAGCAGAGGCAGGGCCAGAACUAAAAGGCUACAAGGUGGAGGACAAAAUCAUCGGAAUUGGACUCGACUAGAUUCUCAUUCUCAAAAGGGGAACUAGAAGAGGCCGUGUAAGACCACCAGAACCGAGUAGGGGAACGGCAAAAGAAAAAGAGGGGUAGUAGUAGACAUUGAGAGAGAGAAAGAGUUCGAAAGAAGCGUUGUACGAGACAAAUUAGGACGGCGGGGAACUUGGCUGGAACUAGUCCUAGUUCGUUUAAUUUCAAACCACGAUUGCUGCA